CUUCAAACCAUAUUUUGAGUCUUAUUUCUACGGGUCUAUCAACUAAGAUAACAACCUCAUAAAAUGAACUUAGAUAUGAUGACGGUCUAUAAUUUGUUGGAGGACCUAACCUUUCCCCAAUUCGAAUCCGGUUUUGUUGAUUCCGGCCUAUGCACACCCAUAUCAGAUUGUGAUGAUUAUGAACAACAACACAUGGUUCUAAAAACAAAAUCUAAAAUAUUUCGAGUAGAAAGGGCUUUUCAUCUGGCGGCGAUAUCCCUUAACGGUGGCCCUUCGAUAGCUACAUCAUCGUCGUCAUCUUCUUCUUCUUCAAUAUCCGGCAAUAUGAGGGUAAUCAGUUAA